CUCGGUGAUUCUCUGCUUUAACUAACAACUUUCCAGUUAUCUGAACGGGUUAAACAUGCUGUCUUACAUCAUUGGCCUGAUCCGAGGCGGCUUGGACAGCAUCAUCAACUUCUUCUUCAGGCUCUUCUCCAAGAGGAGACCUGCCAUCACCCUGCAAGACCCCAACAUCAAGUACGCGCUGCGCCUCAUUGACAAACAGAUUGUCAGCCAUGACACCAGGAGAUUCCGCUUUGCUCUGCCUUCCCCGGAGCACGUCCUCGGUCUGCCCAUCGGACAGCACAUCUAUUUGUCUGCAAGAAUCAAUGGACAGCUGGUGGUUCGUCCGUACACGCCAGUGUCCAGCGACGAUGACAAAGGCUACGUGGACUUGGUGGUGAAAAUUUACUUUAAAGGUGUCAAUUCCAAAUUCCCAGAGGGUGGAAAGAUGAGUCAGUACCUGGAGAGCCUGAAGAUCAACGACCUCGUCGACUUCAGAGGACCCAGCGGACUUCUUGUAUACAAAGGCAAAGGUGUGUUUGCCAUCCAGUCUGACAAAAAGUCUCCAGCGGAGAUCAAGAAGGCCACAAACGUGGGAAUGAUUGCCGGAGGGACGGGGAUCACGCCCAUGCUCCAGCUCAUUCAGGCUGUGAUGAAGGAUCAUCAGGACCCCACUGUGUGCCACCUGCUUUUUGCCAACCAGACUGAGAAAGACAUUCUGCUGCGACCAGAGCUGGAAGAAAUCCUGGUCAGUAAUCCAGACCGGUUCAGGCUGUGGUUCACACUGGACAAAGCUCCCAACGACUGGGAGUACAGCCAAGGCUUCAUCAGUGAAGACAUGGUGAGGGACCACCUGCCACCACCCAGUGACCACACCCUCAUCCUGAUGUGCGGCCCUCCACCCAUGAUCCAGUUUGCUUGCAACCCCAACCUGGACAAAGUCGGCCAUUCCAGCAGCCGCAGGUUCAUCUUCUGAGGAAUGGAGGUUUGGGUGUCAAGCGGCUCGCUUAUCGUUCCUACUCCCGAAGCUUUAAAGCACUUUUGCAGUGGG